GACAGGUCAUCCUGACUCAGACCAACCAAUCCCAAGGCCCUCAGGUUCAGGCCUGACCCACACUCCCACCACCUCACCACCUUAUAUCUCAUCUCACGUUAACCUCCCCUCUUCACUUCUAAAAUAUCCCAAAAACGACACCAGCCAGAGAGCUCCCCACCCCCGCGGGCGAGGUCCCCCCGGACCUCCUCGGGGCAGCUGAAUCCAUGUCCUAUCCUGAUCAAGCGCCACCACCACCACUCCCACCUCCUCCCCUGCCACCACCCCGAGAAAAAGUACUACAAGUACUAGAAUCAUCACAACCGCCGCCGUUGAUGAUGAUGCCACCUCUGCUUCCGCUUUAUAAGCAGCGAUCGUGGUCACCAGACAUUUUCCGUGAUGAGGCAUGGCUUAGAAGGAAACAAAACAGCAAGAACAGGAGAAGCAAGAGCGUGACAGACGAAGACCUUGAUGAACUCAAGGCUUGUAUUGAGUUGGGGUUUGGGUUUGACUCCCCUGAGGUGGAUCAACGUUUGUCUGAUACUUUGCCUGCUCUUGGUCUUUAUUAUGCUGUUAACAAGAAUUAUAACGACACCGUUUCCAAGUCCGCGUCAUCUCCUUCAGCCGCAUCGGAUUGUGAUAGUAUUCCCUCCCCUAUAGGCAGCCCCCACGCGAUCUUUGGCCCUGGUGAUAAUCCACAGACGGUGAAGACAAGGCUGAGGCAAUGGGCGCAGGUGGUUGCUUGUUCCUUGAGGCAAAGCUCACGAUGAGGAUAAUGGUCGAUGGAUGUGUCCUGUAACUUGAUAUGAUUAUGAUCAGGGUUUUCAGGCUUAACUACUGGGAAAUCAUCAAAAAAAAAAAAAAAAAAAA